AUGUCAUAUGGGUGGGACGAAAUCCGAAUGAAAAUAGUAAUCGCGACAAUUGACACGAUUGCUGAUGUCAUGGAGUUUCUUAUUAAUCUAUCCUUCAGCACAGGAAUUUUCCCACUUAUAAAGCGCUAUUCCGCGAUUUUCAACAGCUCAAUGAAUUUUGAAAACAGAUGGGUCUUGAAAUCUGCUCUGAACUUCGCAAGUGAUGGAGAAGUAGUCAAAGAAGUAGGUAGAGAGUUCCAGAGAAAAAGACCAGAAAAAGCAAAAGCAGAUUUGGCAAAAGAGUGUUUAACACGAGUUAAGAAAAAGCAAGAAGAAGAAGACGAUUGUAAACCAGGACGUUGA